AUGUCAAGAGAUUCAAAUGUUCUUGCUAUUUGGGGAAAUAAAGAUUCAAUGAAUUUAAAUUCACUUGUACUUAAUAAUAUAAUGUCGUCACAAUAUUUUAAAAAUGCUUUAUAUGAAAAAAAAACUUAUCAUGAAGUUGUUGAUGAAAUUUAUUAUCAAGUUAAACAUUUAGAACCAUGGGAAAAAGGUAGCCGAAAAACAUCCGGUUUAACAGGCAUGUGUGGUGGGGUUCGUGGUGUUGGCGGUGGUGGUAUCGUCUCAACGGCAUAUUGUUUAUUAUAUAAAUUAUAUACAUUAAAAUUAACACGAAAACAAGUUAUUAGUUUAACUACUCAUACUGAUUCACCAUAUAUACGUGCACUUGGUUUUAUGUAUAUUCGAUACACACAACCACCAAAUGAAUUAUUUGAAUGGUUUGAAGAAUAUCUUGAUGAUACAGAAACUUUAGAUGUCAAAGCUGGUGGUGGUUGUAUUAUGUCAAUAGGCCAAAUGCUUCGUCAAUGGUUAAUACGUAUUGAAUGGUAUGAUACAUUAUUUCCUCGAAUACCGGUUCCAACACAAAAAGAAAUCAUGGAAAAAUUACAUGCUCAUGGUCCAUAUAAGGGCGAUAACUUUGGUGCACAUUCAAGAUAUGAUUAUGAUGAAGAACAAUAUGAAACAAAAUCAUCAAAUGCAAUUGAUAUGCCUGAAACAUUUGGUAAUGCUGCAUCAUCAUCAUCAAAAGAUCGUAAUGGGUCUCAUAAUUAUCAUCAUUCAUCAUCAACAGAUUCUUAUCGAGAUAGAAACAAUAGAUCAUCUCGUGACGAUCGUUCUCGAUCACGUUCACUUGAUCGUCGGCGACAUCAUCAUCAACGAGAUGAUAGUCCUGAUCGUUAUAGAUCUCAUAAAUAUCAUCAUCAUCAUCGACGUAGUUCAUCACGUGAAGAUCGACGACGACAUUCUCAUCGAUCACGCUCACCUGAUACUCGUUAUCGUAACGAUAGACAUGAUCGUUCAUAA